AUUUUUUAUGUAGGUUUAUAAUGUACAAUAAAGAAAUUAAAAACAGAGAUAAAGGAAGAGAAUUUAGGUCAAGAAAAAAGAUAUUUUUUCUCAUUGCAUCAAAUAAACUAGGAUUAUCAAUAUGGAAUGGCAAGUAUAUCUUGAUGAUCUUACAAGAGAAGUUUCUAAAGUUGGUCUUUUAAAAGAAUUUUCUUUGAUGAAAACUGAUGUUCAAAGAUUGACUUUUUGUCAAGAACAAAGUUUUAUAAGAACCUCUUUAGAUAAAUGGCUUAAUAAAAACAUACACUCUGCUCAAGUUAAAUGUUUAGACAAAUCUUUGAAAUUUAAAACAUCUGCAGAUUCUGCAUUUUUUCAACACCUUGACGAUAAAGCAAUACAACUUUAUGGUAUGGCUUUAUUGUUUUCUCCUCGUUCGGAAGUGUCAGUUUUAUUUGGUAAUCGAUCAGCAGUCUUAUUUACCAAAGGAUUGUGGGAAAAAUGUAUUGUCGAUAUUGAUUGUGCUCUAAAUGAAGGGUUUUUUCCAGAAAAGCAAUGGAAGUUGUACAAACGAAAAGGUACAGCUUUAAUGAAUUUAAAAAAAUAUUCGGAAAGCCAAUUAUCAUUUAAAAAGUGUUUAACGGUCCUACCAACAGAAUUUUCUGAAGAAAAAAACCAGGUAGAAAUGCUGCUUAGUUCAGUCUGUAAAUUUGAUUUGGCACAUACUGUUGCUGUUAACGAAGUUGUUGAAUUGGAUAGCUUUAUUCCUGUAAAUGGUUUUGAUAAAAUUUUAACUAGAGGAAGUUCUUCCAUAGAAGUUGGUUACGAUAGUAAGCAAGGUAGAUAUAUUUUUGCUAAAGAAGAUAUACCGAAUGGAAGUAUAAUUAUUAGCGAAAAACCUUAUGCAGCUGUCUUACUUCCUCAUUGGUAUAAAACUCAUUGUCAAUUAUGUUUUGAUAAAGUUGUUUCUCUAUUUCCAUGUUAUGAGUGUGCUGAAGUAGUAUUUUGCUCUUUAUCAUGUUAUAAUGAUGCGUGGGCUACUUACCAUCGUUUUGAAUGCAAAAAAUUAAGUCUGAUGGAGAAAGUAGGAAUUGCACAUUUGUCGCUUCGAAUUGUUUUAGUAAGUGAUGCAAAGGAUUUAUUAAGAUUUUUGGGUAGCGAUCUAAACAAAUUUACUGACUCUCCCACUUUACCUUCUUCAAAAAUAGAAGGAUGUAAUGAUCAAGGAAUUUAUCAAGGUGACUAUGAAAGUGUUUAUUUUCUCUCGACACACAGCGAUAGGCUACCAAUUGAAGAUUUAUUUCAGUACUCUGUUGCUGGAUUCUUGUUGUACAAGUUGCUUAUAAAUAGUUCCUUUUUUAAAACACAUACCGUCUUGCAACAGCAUCAUUUUGGUGUAGGAAGUUUGUUGAUUCGACACAUCCAGCAGCUUAUUUGUAACGCCCACGCAGUAACUUGUCUAAGUGCAGAAAAACUUGAUACAACUAGUGUUAUAGAUCAAGAGCAGGUUCGAAUAGCUACUGCAAUCUACCCAACUACAAGUCUAUUAAACCAUUCUUGUGAACCUACCAUUCUUAAUUGUUUUCAUAAAAACCAGCUUAUAGUUAAAGUUGUAAAGGAUGUGGUGAAAGGCGAACAAAUAUUCAACUGUUAUGGUCCUCAUUUUAAACGAAUGGGUUAUGAAGAUCGACGAGCAGCUUUAAUGCAGCAAUAUUUUUUUCUUUGUUCUUGUGAACAUUGUGUUUAUCAAAAUGGUCAUAGUAAUAAAAAUGGUUUUAUUUGUUUUAAAUGUAAGUUGCCCUUGAGCAAUGAAGAAAAAUGCACAUCGUGUGAUACUGAUUUCUGCAAAGAUAUUUAUGUUAGCAAAGCAAAUCGUUGUGACGAAAUAUUUUUGAAUGCGAUGCGUGUGUUAAGUUUGAAUAGCGAGCGUCAUAGUGUUGAGAAAGCUUUAGCGCUCUUUCUUGAAUGUUUAAACCAUCAAAAGGAAAUUUAUAUUGAUAAUCAUUUUUUACUAUCCCGAAGUUAUGACGUUGUUGGAAAAUGUUAUGCGAUGUUGGAAGAUUAUGAAUCUGCAUUAAAAUUUGUAAAAAAUAGCGUCCUCGCAAUCAAAACUAUUUACGGUGAUCGAAGUAUAGAGUACACAAAUGAGAUUUUGAAACUAACAGAUUUAUUCAUGCAUGUUGUGCACAAUGGUAAAAUUACUUAUAUAAAUGAAGCUUUAGAUUUUGUAGAUGAAGGUAUAAAAUUAGUCAAUUUGAACAAGCAACCUGAUUGCUCUGAUUUAGUUGAUCUUGAACAAAAAAGUGUUUAUUUAAAAAAUGUUAACAGAAGACAUUCUUUUAAAUAAUAUUCCGGAUCUUUAAUACACACACACACACACACACA